UACUCCACACUUUCGCUUCAGUCUUGCGUUUUGAACGACGUUGCUGUACGCUUCGCUGUUUCAUUUGAACUUCUGUGAAAGAAGAAUCUGUCAACAUGAGGACUGUUUUUUUUCUAGCAGCGCUGGCAGUCGUCUACUGUUCAGACAACUCCAAAUACUCUCCACCCAAGGUUCAGGUGUACACCGCUGGCCCAGGAGAGUUUGGGGUAAAAAACAUCCUGAUUUGCCAUGUGAGUGGAUUCCACCCCCCUGACAUCACUAUUCAACUGAUGAAGGAUGGAGAGGAACUCUCUAAUGCCAACCAGACUGACCUGGCCUUCAAAUCGGACUGGCACUUCCAUCUGACCAAGAACGUGGCCUUCACACCCACGCGUGGACAACAGUUCAGCUGCAAGGUCACUCAUGGGGCAAACAUGAGAGAGUAUGUUUGGGUGCCAAACAUGUAACUCAGCAGGCCUUAGCUUUCGUGGCAUCUUUUCUUCACAUCUCCAAACAAGAAGACCAGAGUUUCUCCCUUCUUCUUCAUUAUUCUUCUCACAGAACCAAAUAUCUAUAUCACAUUAAGGGGACAUUUCACUAAUUUUAUUAUAUGAAAGAAUGCAUGGGCUGCAGGUCUUUAGUGAUUUGUAUUGCUUAGAUUUCUUAGAUAACCUAGAAUACUUGCAACCUGUUUUCCAGCCUUUGAUAUGAAAACUGUGUUUGUUUAAACUGAUUUGAUAAAAUUGUGUUGUUUCUGUACACAAAUUGUUUUUUUCAUGACUUGAAAAGUUUCUUUUAGCUAAAUGAGGUGAUCAAAUGGUAAUUAGUCAGGUUAAUAUUUAAGGAAAGGGGUGUUCUUUUGGACUACAUAGAAGUGUGUUCAUACAUUUUGAUUUGCUAUUCAAGGUGUUUGUUAAUGCUCUCUUCUAAAUAAAUGCCUUGUAAAUUUUC